AUGGGCGCUGGAAAGGCUUUCACCAAAGUAGAACUGAAACGAAUGCCCAUCUUUGGGUGGUCCUUCUUCUUUGGAGAGUUUAUCUUUCUGCAACGCAACUGGAAGGAAGAUGAGAAACGCAUUGGACCGGCAAUCGACCAACUGGUGGCACAUCCAUUUCCAAUCACUUUACUUCUGCUUCCAGAGGGAACUAGAUUUACAAGUGAAAAAUACCAAGCUGCUAUGAAGUUUGUCGAAGAGCGAAAGAUUCCGAUCAACCUUAAAUACCACUUACUGCCUAGGGUCAAAGGUUUUGCCGCUACGCUUGGACACUUGCAAAAGAAUCACGCAAACAACUUUGGUGUUUAUCACUGUCAGCUGAUUGCACGCACAAAGCCGCCAGGUGAGGAAACCUUCAUGCCAACGCUAAAGUCAUUGAUUCGCGGCAAACCAUUCAACGUUGACUGCUACAUUGAGAAGAUCGACACCAGCAGGCUCCCUGGAGCAGAGGCCACCGAGGCUGAGCACUCUGCCUUCCUCUACACCGUAUUUGAAAAGAUGGACAAACUUAUGGAUCAGCACCUAAAGGAGGACUCAUUUCCAAAAACAGCCAUCAUGAAGGUGAAGCGACCUUCAAUUUUCAAAGCCCUUCGGUUUGUCCUCCUCAACUUUGUCUUCUCAGCGUCACUCGUGUACCUUCUAGUGUACCAGGCCAUUGUGACGCACAGUUUCUAUCUUAGGCUAGUCAUCUACAGUGUGAUUAUUACUGUCACUGGUGGUCUGUUUCUAAUCUACAAGCGGCUGCAAUACUCAAAGUACGGUGGAACAGGAAAGAAGAAGGAAUAA